GCCAAAGCGAAAAGUUCCGUUCGACGCGUCGCGCAACGGCUAGAAAUUAGAUUUCGAGAAAUUUUCCAACGCCUCGCAAGAGUCCCCCCCACUACAUAUAGAUUUUUUCUUGAACCAUAUGUAUACUAGAUAUUUACUUUAAAAUCGGAUAAACUGAUUCGGUUCGUGUAACUUUCAGUUGUUGGGUAAAGUUGAAAGCGCUACAGUCAGCGUGUCCAGUAGAAUCUCACUCGAAAGUUUCUGCUUGGUGCGUUGGAAAAAAAAGUAAAAGUCAAUAAGAAAAUUGCGAAAUCGAAAGAUCGAAGCAGCAGACACAACACCUCCCAUACUAUAUCUGUAUCUGUGUCUGUGCAUCGGUGUGUACCUAUAUCUGUUCGUCGGUGGAUCGGUGAGAGGGCGGGGCAGCCUCUUUGUAUCCGGCUGCUCUUCGGUUGCUUCUGCAGAGGCAAAGUCGCAUUAAAGUGAAUCGUAAAUAACACGCCUGCCAGGCCAAGAACAUAAGUAAACACAACAGAACGUUCGCAUACCAGAGUCUUUGGGUUGUUGGGGCCUUUGUUCUCGGGCAUAUUAUGGGAAAUGCAGAGUCCACACCGCCUGCAGAUGAGUCGCAGGUGCAGCAGCAGCCGCAGCAACGGCAACAACGAGUGGGAGGAGCAGCUGCGCCACCGGAUGACGAGCCCUGGUGGAAUGACAUCGAGCACGAGAAUUUAAUUCUGCAACAGGCCCCCUCGAAUGCGGCCGCACCAAUGCCAAUGCCAACGAAAGCUGUGCAGGCUGCGGAUGUACCACUGAAAAUAGCAGACGAAAAGGAACCAAUUGGUGGGGUGGUGCAGGAAAAACCCAUUGUCAUGGACAGCAAGGAGGAGUCCCCGAAGCGAGAGCAAACCCUGGAGGAAUUCAGGGAGGAGCUGCGCACCAAAAGGGAGGCUCGCCUCACUGCUGUGCAGGAUCUGCGCGAUGAGAUCAACAGCCUGCGGAGAGAUCUGGCCAGGGAACAGGCAGAUAAUCGACGUUUGAGAAAGGAUCAGGGCGAGGAGGAGGAGAAGCCACAGGAGCAGGAGCCGCAAGAGGAGCCACUAGAACAGCGCAAGGAGCAGCAGCAGCCAGCGAUCGAUCCGGACGAUGAGAAUCCCUCGAGUCGCAGUCGCCAUGCCAACAUAGAGCUGGCCAACGCUCAAUUGGCACUCCAACAGGCCAAUGCCGAGAAUCUGUCGCUGCGCGGCGAAGUGGAGGUGGUGCAGCGUCAGGUGGGCACCCUCAAGGAGGUGAUCUCCUGCUGCAAGCAGAUGCUCAGCGUCAAAGAGGAGCAGUGUGCACAGCUCAAGAUGAAACUGGAGCAGAUCGAGAACUCGUUCAGCGAGCGGGAGAUGAAGAUCAUGUCGAACAAUCUGCGGCAGGAGUACGAGCGCCAGCUGGUCAACAUUCGGCAGUUGCGGCAGCUCUACGAGGAGCGACAGCGUGUGGCCGCCGCCGAGUACGAGAAUCUGCAGCGUCUCAUCUCCAUCAAGAAGGACGAACUCAUCGCCGAGCAGGAGAAAACCAAGAACUUUGAGGAGCGCAAUCAGACGCUGCUGAAAGAAGUGGAAACGGCCAACGAGGAACUGUCCAAGCUGCGCGAGGAAUGCGGCGAGCUAAAGUACGAGAAGCGCACGCUCAACGAGCAGGUGGGAGCCGUCAAUAUGCUCUUCAGCCAGCUCAUUAUGGGCUUCAAUGGCAAGAGCAAUAUGGACAUUGAUCGCCUGAAUCAAAUGCUCGAGGAGAAUCGCCAGCUGCUCAAUCAGAUGACCCAGGCGGAGGGCAGCUGCAGCGAUGGCGCCACCCUGCCCAAGCUGCUCUUUGAGCUGGUGGAGGAGGCCACCGGUUCGGGGGGCUCUGGCGAGGACUCUGACAAGAGUCGCAGUGCAACGCCAACACCCCACGUUCAGGCUCUGGCUGUGGCUGUGGCUGAGGCUGAGGCUGACACUGCUGCUGAUGGCGUGGACGUGGACAUGGACAUGCCCGACUGUGUCCAGCCGGUGGGGAAAGAACACAGUGGCAAGCGAAGGAGUGGAUCUGCGGGUGCUGUUGCGGCUUCCUUAAAAUGCCAUGAGCCCGAAAUUAUGGGCAAAGUUGCCUCGGCCCAAGAAAUCAUUGGCAACUUGCCAAAAGUUUGGAAAGUGUUGAUGGAGCUCUUGAGUCACCACAAAAUCGAGCGCGUGCAGUUCGCCGAGGAGCUGUCCCUGGCCAGUGCGCCCAGGGGCAUUACUGGCGCCAAUGCUGCAGCUGCUGCUGCCCCAGGGGAGGGCCACAAAGCGGAGGCGGCAGCGUUGGUGGUUAGUGGCAAGCCAGCGGAGCUAAGCGUCAGCAAGACCUACAUCAAACUGAAGGACCUCAUACUGGAAAAGAAGUCCCUAGUGAAGGAAACGAACCGCUUGAAGACCCUCAACAGUCAUCUGGACUACCGCUUGAACGAGCAGGAGAAGCGCCUGAGCGCCGUCAGUCUGGAGCUUACGAAGACGUGGCAUCUGGUGGGCAAGAUGCAGCGCCAGCACCGGCAGCUGCACACCCAGGAGCAGAUCCUGCGCUACCAGCUGCAGCAGAAGCGUCGCCUGCUCAGCGAGCUGAAGGACGAGCUGGAGUACUGCCGCCGGAAGUGGGCGGCGGCCAGGGCCAAGAACGAGGAGACCCAAGAGCAGUGCGAUGACUGGCGGCGCGAGUUUGCGCGCCGCAAGCUGGAGGAUGCCAACCACUCGGCGGAGAGCGGAUAUAGCGACUCGGGACCGCAGUCGGACGAGGAGCGGGACACCGCAAGGGCAGUGGAACCAGCCGGGGCAGGAGCAGGAGCAGAGCCUGAGGCUGUGACGGCGCCCUCGACUUCUGGCACUUGUCGCAGGAAGCACUUGAGGGAUCAGUUCGAGCACACGCGCAAGAUCAAGCGGAUGCAGAGUACCUCGCCGGGACGCCAGGCGGCCACGGCCACGGCCGCUGCUCUGGCCUGCUCCGGCUCGGCGGAAGACGAGGGCGAGGAGAUUGUGCUCCGCUGGAACAGUGCCCCACCCACCUGCGGCUGGCGUGGGGAGACCAUGGAAAACACAUUGGAGGAUGACGAGGACCAGCUGGACGGGGCUGAGGGCUCGGGCUCGGGCUCACGCGGAGCCAUUCCCAAGAUUCCGCACAGCUCGCGCAGCAGACAGCGUGGCCAGGCGGAGGAUGCCUCCAGCUCGGGCACGGCGAGUCGCAUCCAGAAGCUGGAGGAGCAGUGCAAAUCGCUCAUCCAGCAGGUGCUGGAAACCUCCGACAACCGCGAACGUCUCGAGGUGCAGCUGUGCCGCUUCCAGGACGAGGUCUCGCCCGCCCAGCAUGCCGUGCCCCUCGAUGAGUUCAUCAACAACAAGCGCCUGGAGAGGAUGACGCGCGCCAGCUCCGCACCGGCCACGGGCAGCCUCACGCCGCGCGAGGAGGAGUACACGCGAAAGCGAUCCGAGCGACUGGGCCGCUUGGAGGAGGAGUCGCGCCAGCUGAUGUCGCGCAUCCGGCGUACCACGGAUCGGGGCCACUACCUGAAGAAGUCCCUGGAUCGCAUCAGACGCGCACCCAGUCGGGAAGCCAGCUUCGAGAGCAACACCGAAGAGGAGACUGCUCCAACUGCGGCCAAAACGGCGGAGGCAUCCCCUCUGACCGCCGACGAGGAGGCCUACACAUCGCGCCGGGCCGCCCGCCUUCAGCGUUUGGAACUGGAGAGCCAGCAGCUGCUCGCACAGCUCUCAAAGAACUCGGAGCGCAGCGAGGGUCUGGCCAGCAAAUUGGACACACUCCACGAGCGACAGCAGCAGCCGCAACCGCAGCCGCAGCCCACGGCUGCAGCCAUCUCGCAGACUGUGGAACAGCGACUGGAGGACAUCGAGCGGGUGUCUGCGAAUCGCGCCGAACGUCUCCGCUUGAUGGAGGCGCAGGGCAACGAGCUGAUUGCACGCCUGAGCAACACCUCGGAGCGGGGCACGGCCAUGAUCAAUCGCAUGGCCGAGCGGGAAGCCAGCAGGCGGCAAGAGGCCGAACUGGUGGAGCAGACCCUGCCCACGGAGGAGGCGACCAGUGCCGUCAGGAACGUAGCCAGCACGCGGAUUGUGGCCGAGCAGGAGGCAGCCGAAUCCGAGGGUGCCGCCUGCUGUGUCACCGUCACCACAACCGCCACGCAGCAGGCCGUCCAGCAGCAGUCCACGGGCGCCAUACCCAAGAAGCCGCCGAGGAGCACGCCCCAGGCUCAGCUGUGCGCCGCCUCUCGCCAGGACGUUGCGGCCAAGAAGCGUGGCUCCGGCAAGGAAUCGGCAGCGGAACAGGCGGCAAGCGUUGCUCCCGAAACUCUCGAGGAUAUGGUGCAGCGACUGCGAUCCUUGCCAUUCCCGGCGGAGAAGCUCGCCCAAAAUGAGGGAGCAGCGGACACUAGGGACGAAGGGAAUGCGGAGGAAGCUGAGGAGAGGAAGGCGGAGGACGACAAUGUGCAGGAGAAGGAUGCAAACUGAAAGAUGUUCACUAGACUUUACGAUUACGAAUACUCGCUCUGGCCCGGGUAACAUAUCCACCCCUCCGGUCACAAUCUACAAAUAUCCACACAUAUAUUGUUAAUCUCCGAAUCAAUAAAGAUGUUUAUAGUCUCAAA